AUGAAUGUCGCCUUCGCUACCAUGCCCCGCCUCCUCGCCAGAGCGGACCCCGGAUCGUGGUCUCGGAGUAUUGGUUCAGCCGGGUGACCGUGGAGCACUUAGCGCGGCAGUGGCAGAAGGUUUUCCAAGAUGGAGCGGCGUUCCGGAGGCGAGGGAAUCCAGCGAGAUUCUAAUAGCAAACAUAGCGCUUGGAGCGAAGACGUUUCGGGGUCUGGCCGGGCCCCAGUCUCUGAUGAGAUUCAGCACUGAUGCACAUGAGAAGAUGUGCGCAGGAGCGCUGAAGAGGGUCCCGUUCAGUACAUCAUCGGGAGUGGGACUUUGUCUGGAUGUGACCCUGCAGAUUAGAGCCCCCGCCUGUGUUUAUCCGCGACCCGAGACGGAGGAACUGGUUGGGCUGGUUCUGGCGGAUUGCCCAGGGUUGAGGCGGGCACCUGAGCCCAGAAUCCUUGAGGUGGGCUGCGGUUCUGGAGCCGUGUCCUUGGCUUUGCUGCAGAACAUUCCUCAGGCUCGUGUCCUGGCCAUAGAUAAAACCGAGGCAGCUGUGAACCUCACCCGAGACAACGCCGAGGGACUCAAUCUACAACACCGAAUCCAGAUUCUCCAGCACGACGUAUUGUCAGACCCCGCAGAGCACCUCCUCGCCUUGGGCCCUGUGGACGCUGUGGUCAGUAACCCUCCCUACAUAUUUACAGAGGACCUGUCUACUUUGGACCCAGAGAUCUUAAGGUAUGAGGACCACACAGCAUUAGAUGGGGGCCCCGAUGGAAUGGAUGUGAUGAAGGCUAUUCUGCGCCUUGCACCUCUCCUGCUAAAACCUGGAGGGACCAUCUUCCUAGAGGGAGACCCCCGACACCCAGACAUGGUGCAGGAGUGGCUGCAGAUCCAUCCUGAGCUUCAGCUGCAACUUCUCAAUGUGGUGAAAGACUUCUGCAGGAAGCCGAGGUUUAUUCACCUGCAGAGGAGAGAUGGAACCUCCUGA